CGGCCGGGCUGGAUAUUUGUGUCUCCGUAAGGAAUAACAGGGCCGGCUGCGCAGAUUCCAGAUGCUGAUGAACUGCGUUGAUGUCGGAACGAAGUCCUCCGAUGUUGCAAAAGUCCACUUUAAAUGUGGAAGAGGAUGCCGCUGAGUAUCUCUUAUUCCUUUUUGUUCCGGCCAUAAUUAUAAGAAAAGUGUGAAAGGUAGAAAGAAAUCACUAAGCCAUCAACAUAAGAGACAAUCGUGCUAUUACUUCGCAAGAGAGUAAGACAAGUUAUGUGGAAAGCUGGCACGGCGGGCGGAAGGGCCCCCGGUCCACACCUGUCACAGCAGUCGGGUCCACUCCGGUCUCCUCCUCCGGCACGACUACUGCUUCAGGGACUCCCAGGGCGGAGAUUACGCGAUCCCUGGGUUCGGGAACCCGUUCAGCUUGCGGGCGGCCAGCGGUCAGCCGUUUCACCGGACUUCUGCCAGGUGGAGGUAUUUCGCCAGUCGGGCAGCUCAGUUUGGAGUAGUACUCAGCCCUACCUCUCUUCCGAGUGUCACUCGUUUGGCACCACCCAGGGGUCACGUGUAGGGUCUCCAGGGUUGCUCCUACGCAAGGAAGGAGUGAAUCUUCGCACGUCGGCGGAACUGGAGAUAGUUAAAGCGAUCAAGGAGAGGGCUUGCUACUUAUCACCCAACCCCUUGAAGGAGGAAACCUUGGACACAGAACGAGCACACUACACUCUACCGGAUGGGACACAGCUGGAGAUUGGUCCGGCGCGGUUCAGAGCACCAGAAGUACUGUUCAGACCUGAUCUCAUCGGUGAAGAAUGCGAAGGUCUCCACGAAGUGCUAAUGUUCGCGAUACAGAAAUCCGACAUGGAUCUCCGUAAAGUGUUGUACCAGAACAUAGUGCUGAGUGGCGGCUCCACGCUGUUCCGGGGAUUCGGGGAUCGACUCCUGGCUGAGAUACGCCGGUUAGCACCCAAGGAUAUGAAGAUUAGGAUCUCAGCGCCCCAAGAGCGUCUCUACUCCACAUGGAUCGGGGGUUCGAUUCUCGCCUCGCUCGACACCUUCCGGAAGAUGUGGGUAUCCAAACGGGAAUACGACGAGGAAGGGCAUCGCGCUGUCCACAGGAAGACAUUCUAG